AUGGCGGAGCCCAACAUGCCGAUGCUUCGUCAAUCUCUUGAGCAAACGCUCUCUCCUUUUGCUGAGACACGUAAGAAUGCCGAGACGUAUCUGAGUACGCUUUCGUCACAGCCAAAUUACGUACUAUUGCUUCUGCAACUACUUGAGAGUGCGGGUGAGAAGCAAGAGGUGCGUCUGGCCGCCGCGCUGUUGUUUAAGAAUUUUGUCAAGCACAAUUGGGAUCCUGAAAAACAAGGUUGCGUUCCUCUCAGUGAGAAGAACUUGGUCAAACAACAUCUGGUAGAGCUCAUGUGCCGCAUGCCCGAGACUUUGCAAAAGCAACUAAUUGAAGCGCUUACAACCAUUGGAGAGUACGAUUUCCCCGCUCAAUGGAUGGGCUUGCUGGCUCAGUUGGUACAGAGGCUACAGAAUGAAAAGGAUUGGCAAGUACGUAAUGGUGUCCUUAUGACGGCAAACACUAUCUUCAAGCGCUUUCGCAACGUUUUCAAGUCCGACGAUCUUUUUCGGGAACUUCAGCACUGUCUUGAAUUUUUUCAGGAACCUCUUCUCGUAUUUUUUAAGGAAACAGGUGUGGCGUUGCGUUCAUCCGGGGCUACAGUUGCACAGCAGACGCAGAUGAUGACGGCGUUGCGGUACAUGAGUCGAAUAUUCUACUCGCUAAACUGGCAAGAUUUACCUGAAUUCUUUGAGGACCACAUCUCUGAAUGGAUGGGAGAGUUUCUAAGUUACUUUAACUACGACAACCCGGCGCUGGUAGAUGCAGACAAUGAAGAUGAACCUGGUCCGAUUGAUCGAGUGCUCGUGGCAAUAGUAGAGAAUAUCAAUCUUUACGCUGAAAAGUACGACGAAGAGUUUAAACCCUUUUUACAAAAAUUUACCGAAGUGAUUUGGAAUCUUCUGGCCAAUCGGAUGACGCUUUUCCCUAAACACGACGAAUUGGCAGCUAAGUGCAUGAAGUUCCUUACAUCAGUAGCCUCUCGAUCAUUUCAUCGCGCACUUUUCGAGGCUCCUCAGGUCUUGACUGAAUUGUGUGGAAUUGUCGUGACAAAUCUACAAUUGCGGUCGUCUGACGAAGAAUUGUUUGAAGACAAUCCAAUGGAUUACAUUCGCCGUGACAUUGAAGGUUCGGAUGGAGACAGUCGUCGGAGUGCCGCGCGAGACUUGGUGCGCGGACUUCUUAGCAACUUUGACGAGGCGGUGACGCAGAUUUGUAUGAGCACUAUUCAGACGCAGUUGCAGCAAUUCAAGGUCGAUCCAGCACGUAAUUGGGCGAUGAAAGAUGUAUCGAUUAAUCUUGUCAUUGCUAUAUCUGCUAUUAAGCAGUCACGUCUACGUGGAGUGUCAGAAGUGAAUGCGCGUGUCCCUUUGCUGGAGUUUUUCAUGGCCGAAGUGUUGCCCGAGCUCUCAACUCCUAACCAAGCUUCACUUAUUUUGAAGGCCGACGCGAUCAAAUUUGUUUCGACAUUUCGUAGUCAACUGCCAGUUGAAGUCAUCGAUCAGCUAUUUUCUCUUUUGAUGACCUGCAUGGAUCCAUUGCAAUUCGUGGUCCAUACGUAUGCUGCAGCAUGUUUGGAACGUCUUUUGACUGUCAAAGACUCAUCAGGCUCGCUUCGCUUUGGUAAGGUACGACUUGCACCAUAUCUUGGCAAGCUUUUGGAGCAUGUAUUCAGUAUCCUUGAGCAACCAAACUAUCCAGAAAAUGACUACUUGAUGAAGGUGAUUAUGCGAGUGCUAAAUGUAGCCAAGGAAGACAUCUUGCCUCUUACAGACAUGGCUGUAAGCAAGCUUACUAGAAUUCUUACUCGUAUUUGCGCCAACCCAAGCAAUCCAUCGUUCAGCCACUACCUGUUCGAGUCGCUGUCGGUAUUAAUUCUUAAUGUAUGCAAGACGAACCCUGCUGCGACGGAGCGGUUUGAAGAGCUAUUGUUUCCACCAUUUCAAAAAGUGCUUUCGAACGAUGUCGAGGCGCUGUCGCCCUAUGUGUAUCAAGUGCUUGCUCAAAUGCUAGAGCUUCGACCAAGCGGUGUUUCUGACGCGUAUAAGAGUAUGUUUCCUGUCUUGCUGAAUCCUGCAUUGUGGGAACGGGUUAGCAACGUGCCGGCGAUUGUUAAGCUUAUUGAGGCAUACAUGCGCAAAGUGCCAACUGAUGUUGCUCAGUCGGUGCAAGGAAUCCUUGGCGUUUUUCAAAAGCUUAUUUCGUCCAGAACUACUGAAGCAAAUGCUUUUUCACUUCUGCGAGGGCUUUUUGCUUAUAUGCCCAAGGAGGCAUAUGCAAGCUAUCUAAACGAGAUUGUCAAAAUUCUCAUGAUUCGAUUGCAAACCCGGAUGGCGGGACGCAAUUCUUUGGGUUAUGUAAAAGAGCUAAUUUACACCGUAUCAGUGCUGAUUGGGAUACUUGGUCCGGAUGCUUUGCUCACUUCUUUGGAAUCGCUGCAAAAAGGCAUGUCUAUCAUGUUCAUCAGGUCUGUAUGGCUGACAUGCAAUGCGCGUGCUCGUGGGCUUGCAGAGCGAAAGGCGUGCCUUAUUGGCUUGACGCGACUGAUGUGUGAAACAAAUCUGUGCAUUGCCGAUUUGGAUUUGUGGACAGAAAUGCUGGUAGCAGCGGUAGCAGUACUCGAGGAAGGUGGCGAAAAUGGUCCAUCUACCAAGGAUGAGGAUGAAUCCUUGCUGGAGCUUGAACAGACGGGGUACGAAGCUGGUUACGCCAAACUGUUUUUCGCGUCGGUGGUUUCGCUUGACUACUUGCAAGAGUUUCCCGUGCCGGCUCGUUAUCUUGCUGAGUCGAUCUCCAAGUUGUCAGCCGCAAGACCCGGCGUGCAUCUGGCAUACGCGCAGACCAAACUGCCGACGCCUGCAACAUUGACGUCUUUGCAGUCGUACUUUGCUCAAAACAACGUGCCAUUCCAAUAG